AUGGGGCCUUUCACUACACCUAAAAAGGGAAGGGAAGUAGCUUCUGUUGAUCCCUGGACACCAACCUCCAACCUUAAAAUGCUCAUCAGUGCUGCUAGUCCUGAGAUCAGGAACCGAGAGAAAGAACUGUGUGUGGACCACGAUGAGCGGGAUGGUCUCUACCCCACCCAGGACUCUGAAAAUGGAGAAGAGUCUGAGAAAAUGAUCAGCAGAAAAGACAAGAGUCUGGGAUUGCUCUGUCACAAGUUUCUCGCCCGAUACCCAGAUUAUCCAGACUCGGCCCACAGUGACAUCUGCCUGGAUGAUGUGGCCACUAAGCUCAACGUGGAGCGUCGGCGCAUCUACGACAUCAUGAACGUGCUGGAGAGCCUUCACAUGGUGAGCCGCUCGGCAAAGAACCGCUACACGUGGCACGGCCGCACCAAGCUGGCCGAGACUCUGGCCAUUUUGAAGCGGGUGGGUGAGGAGCACAGGUACGGGCAGCAGAUGCAGCACAUCCGGCAGCGAGGCCUGGACAGAGAGUUUGACUUUGAUGGGGAGGAGAAGGAGAACGAGAUGGUGAUCGACGUGGACGGCAGCGAACCAGGCCAGAAGGAGCUCUUCUUUGUGGAGCUUCCAGGAGUCGAGUUCAAAGCAGCCUCCGUUAACAGUAGGAAAGACAAAUCUCUGCGAGUGAUGAGCCAGAAGUUCGUCAUGCUCUUCCUGGUGUCAAACCCACGUGUGGUCAGUCUGGACAUGGCUGCUAAGAUCCUGAUAGGAGAGGACCACGCUGCAGAUCAAGACAAGAACAAGUUCAAGACCAAAGUACGGCGGCUGUACGACAUCGCUAAUGUUCUGCGGAGCCUGAAGCUCAUCGAGAAAGUCCACGUGACCCAAGAGAGGGGAAGGAAACCGGCUUUUGAGUGGAUUGGCCCUGAAGAAUUUCCACAAGUUAACGACGUGACAGACCCUUCGUUCAAAUGCCCCUCCAAGAAGAAAAGAGUGCUGGAGUCUUGUGCUUCUGUAGAAAAUUGUGCCAAAAACCUCUUUUCCUCACCGGGAGGCAAACGCAGAUUCACCCGACACCCCUCUCUCAUAAAACUUGCAAAGAGUAUUCAAGACGACCGACGCAAGAUCAACUCUGCCCCCAGCAGUCCUGUCAAAUGUGCUCUUGGUGAUUCAUCUCACACAGACUUUCCAAACAAAAUGGCUCAGCUUGCUGCUAUUUGUAAGCUUGAACUAGACCAAGGGUCAGAGCCCACAACGAAUCUGAAACGUGCUGCUAGUAAGGGAGAUGCAGCAGCUACGAGGUUACAACAAGCUUCUUCUCAUUCCAUGGAUCAACCUAAGGUGCAUGUGUUAACACCAGCUCAGGAGUCUGGAGCCAACACUAUCCACCUGAACCCCCAAACAUCGCUGGCAGGACCGCCCGCUCGCUCUGUCACCUUCCUCCCUGCGCAGUGUUCCUCUCUAAUCCCUGUUCUGCUACCGCAGCAGCGCGGGAGUGGACCCUACGCUGUGUACGUGCACCCCUCAUCCCUCAGGUCAAACCCUCUGUCCAGGCCGCAGCCAUCGAGCCUGGCCGUGCGCUCCAUGACCUUUGAGGACAAGACUGGGCAGAGCCCAUCUGCAGCUCAGAGCCAGACGGUCUGCCAGCAGUCUGACAGCAGUCCAUCUGCCUUGAAACGUCAGCGCUCUGAUUCAGCUUCAGAUAACAGCCCCUCUAAAGCCAAGAGGUUGGACCCCAGCUUUAAGGACACCUCUCCAAAGCUCUGUGAGAUCCUGCAGGCCCGUCUGAAGGCUUGUCGUGGCGUCCAGCUCACCAGUCGACCCUCCCCUCGCGCCCUCCACCUGGACCCAGAAUUUGUUAACACCCCUGAGGGCUCUGGAGCCAAUCAGACCCUGGAGCAGAGCUUGGAGAACCUUUUAGACAAAGAGGACAAGGCUGCUAACUCUGACAGUGAGGCGAGUCUCACGCCGGUCCGAGUGGUUCCUCUCACACCUGGACAGGUCCACACUGAGACGUUAGUACCAGCUGGAUACUUGAUCCCAAUCUCCCAGCAGUCCCUCAUCAGCUACAAGGAAGUGCAAAGUUCAGGAGGUGAAACUAACAAGGCCUCUCCUACGUACAUCUACCAAACCCCAACUGCAGGCUCCAGACCUGUUGCCUCAGCCCAGGAGGUGACGCCCACCAACCUUCAUCUAAACAGACCUGCAGCUGCCUCUCCGCACGCCACCCAGCACUCGCACCGCCUCUACAGCCCGAGUCCCGCCAUCUUGAACUUCACCCUGCAGAAUCUCGGCCUGAUCUCCAGCUCUGGAAACGCCUUCGCAGCUCCACAGACUGCAGAACAAAGCAACGCGCUGCAGCAGAGAGGGAUGGUGUUCAUCAAACCUGUGUCCCCCGUGUCCGUGCAGCACACAGUGCCUGGACAGCAGGUGACCCUGAUCAGUGUGCAGCAGCCUCUGAUGACGACCCCCAAAGGGACCAGACUCCCCCAGCACAGCUUCUUUCACACGCCGGUCCCUGUCUCACCUCUGGCUGCCAUGGUAACCACCAACGGACUCCCAGCCACCAAAACUGUAUCUGUUCCUCAGAGGAAGCUGGACGUCUCCACUGAGGACUCCUGA